CCAUUUUCAACUCUUUCAGCCUGUAAUGAACAAUGAUAAACACUGCUUUGAAUGUUACGGAUAUGAUAUCAUCAUUGAUGACAAGCUAAAGCCAUGGCUUAUUGAGGUCAACGCUUCUCCAUCUCUUACUUCCAGUACUGCCAACGAUCGUCUCCUCAAAUACAAUCUUAUUAAUGACACACUUAACAUUGCUGUCCCGAACGGGGAAAUUCCAGACUGUAAAUGGAAUAAAUCUCCCCCCAAAGAAGCCCUUGGGCAUUAUGAGAUUUUGUAUGAUGAAGAGAUGGCACAAAGUGAAGCAUCAGAUCGUGAUUUGAGAAGUCGUUCUGGGCAGUCCAUUGGAUUGAAGGGAACUCGAACCAGAGACACUGGAAAAUCAGGGCCCCUUACAUGGAGGUAGCUGAUGCUUCCUGAAAUUCA